GAAAACGCUCUCUAACUCAUCUUUUUCUCGGGCUCUGGAUCGGAAAGGAAAGGCUCGUUGUUCUGGAACGCGUGUCGGUGGAGUUGUGCUCGGGAAUAAUUCGCCUUUAGAAUGUGCGAGGAGCUGGUUGUGUGCGCAGACGUGCGGGGUUGACGCUGCCCUGACUCCUCUAACGAACGAGCAGCGCUGAGCCCGGGCACUGGGGGGAAAACUCCACGCAGAAACCUCUCCCUAGGCCCAACUUUAUUCCGUGUGAUCUGUGCCUGAACUCCGGCACAGCCGCGGCUCGGGCCGGGGCUCUGCGUAGGUGAGGGGAUGCUGCGAGCGCCGCUCGGCUCCCGUCGCCACGUCAGGCUGGAUUCUGUCCUUUCGCAGGGUCGAGACCUCAAGGUUGUGACCCCGGGGGAGUUAAUCGAACAAACCGGGGGGUCUGCUUCGCCUCCCAGUCCCCUUUGCGGGGAGGUGCUGCUGGCUGGAGGCUCCAGCGCUGUCCCUGCCUCCCUGGGGACCUCCCGCUGGCGGGGGAUGCUGAGGGACAGCUCAGCCACCGCAUCCCGGCCGUUCUGACGGAGCGCGGGUGGGCUCCAGCAGCCCCACCACCACCAGGGGAGAUCCCCCCCAGCAGGAACCAGCCCUUUGUCUCAGCCUUUUCUCCGGGAAGCCGCUCAGCAGCCACAUCCCGGCUGGAUGUGACCGCUGCAUCGAGCACAGAGCAGAGCCUCCCUUGCCUCCCUGGGCUGGCAGCCGGGAGCCUACGGCGCUGGGAGAGCGAGGAGCAUCCUUCUGGAGUCUCUGGCUCUCCCGUGGAGCCGACAGCACCCAGCAACCAGCUCCUGGGUGCUCAGACGUGUGUGCUCACAGGUAGGAGGUGGAUGUGACUGUGCCGGGUGCUUUCCUGCCAUGGUUUGCUUUAGUCUUGUUUCACACAGGGGUAGGAGCCAUCUGCAGUGAGGCUCCCACCGUGCCAAGGCAUUUUUAACGUGUCUUGAUGCAAGUCUGCUUUAGUAUUUAUGUAUAUUAAGCUGUGUAUUUGAAGGGAACCAUCUGGGUAGAGAAAUGGAUGGGGGGUGGCAGAACCUUCCCCUCUCGGUUUCCAUUUCGGGGCUGGGCCUGAUUAGCGAAGGCAGAAGUUGGGAAAGUUGCUGUGUGGCUCGUUCUGGUUUGCAGGUGGUGCUUUCCCCACACCUGAUGUGAAUUCGUACCCUGAGAUGAGACAGCUGGAGCUGGGAUGGGGGAAGAGGGAGCUGACAGGCUGUGCUGAGCAGAGAGAGUGUCAGCACAGGGAAGGAGAAUGCUCUUUUCUUUUCCUUUUUUAAAUGGCCAUUUCUCUUAACCCUUUGUGGUCUGGCUCCUGUGGGGAUGGAGCCUCUGCUCCUGGGUAUGGGAAGAGGGGGGCCUGAGGUGGGUGAACCCCGAAAUGAAGGGCUGUGGGUGAGGGCAGACCAGAGUUGGGGUAAAGAGAUGAACAUCUCCCUGAAAAGAAUCACCUGUGCAAGGCUGGUUAUAAGUGGGGGGUUUGGAGCAGCUGCCUGCAGCUCUGAGGAGCACAGAGGCGGAGAUGCUGCAAGUUUCUUGCUGGAGGUUUCUUUUGCAAGCUGUGCAAGGAAAAUAAGCCAAGGAGUCAUGUGGGCUGGCAAAGGCCUGGACACCUCGAUGCCAAGGAGCACUCAGCAAUCUGGGCGAGAAUGGAGGAUGGUUUGAGGGACCUGGUCUUCAGGGAGCUCAUCAAAGGAGCAGCAAGGCAGAGUUAUGUCAUGCCCAGACCACCAAAGGGCUCCAUGAGGAUUUAUGGAAGAUGCCCCGUGUCUUGGCGCCUCUGGUGCUCCUUCUGCUGUGGCUGAUGAGGAUCUCUGCCAGCCCCCAUUCCCUGAGGAUUGCUGCCAUCCUGGAUGACCCCAUGGAGUGCAGCAGAGGGGAGAGGCUCUCCAUCACCCUGGCCAAGAACCACAUCAACCGCGCGCCCGAGCGGGCGGGGAAAGCCAAGGUGGAGGUGGACAUCUUCGAGCUGCUGCGGGACAGCGAGUACGAGACUGCAGAAACCAUGUGCCAGAUUCUCCCCAAAGGAGUGGUUGGAGUCCUGGGACCUUCCUCAAGCCCAGCCUCGAGCUCUAUUAUCAGCAAUAUCUGUGGGGAGAAGGAGGUUCCUCACUUCAAAGUGGCACCCGAGGAGUUCCUGAAGCUGCAGCUCCAGCGCUUCACCACCCUCAACCUCCACCCCAGCAACACCGACAUCAGCGUGGCCGUGGCGGGGAUCCUGAACUUCUUUAACUGCACCACUGCCUGCCUCAUCUGUGCCAAAGCUGAAUGCCUUUUGAACCUGGAGAAGUUGCUCCGGCAGUUCCUCAUUUCCAAGGACACCCUCUCGGUGCGGAUGCUGGAUGACAGCCGGGAUCCCACCCCUCUCCUGAAGGAGAUCAGGGAUGACAAGACAGCCACAAUCAUUGUCCAUGCCAACGCUUCCAUGUCCCACACCAUCCUGCAGAAGGCAGCUGAGCUGGGAAUGGCGUCUGCCUAUUACACCUAUAUCUUCACUAAUCUGGAGUUUUCCCUCCAGCGCCUGGACAGCCUGUUGGACGACAGAGUCAACAUCCUGGGAUUUUCCAUUUUCAACCAGUCUCAUGCCUUCUUCCAAGAGUUUGUCCAGAGCCUCAACCAGUCCUGGCAGGAGAACUGUGAUCACGCUCCCUUCACUGGGCCAGCACUCUCCUCUGCCCUGCUCUUCGACGCCGUGUACGCCGUGGUGACGGCCGUGCAGGAGCUCAACCGCAGCCAGGAGAUCGGGGUGAAGCCCCUGUCCUGCGGCUCUGCCCAGAUCUGGCAGCACGGCACCAGCCUCAUGAACUACCUGAGAAUGGUAGAAUUGGAAGGUCUCACCGGCCACAUCGAAUUCAACAGCAAAGGCCAACGCUCCAACUACGCCCUGAAAAUCCUGCAGCACACCCGUGGCGGGUUCCGGCAGAUUGGCCACUGGCACGUGUCUGAAGGACUCAGCAUGGACAACAGGAUCUUCUCCUCCAACAUAUCAGACAGUCUGUUCAACACCACGCUCAUUGUCACCACCAUCCUGGAAAACCCUUACUUAAUGCUGAAGUGGAACCACCAGGAGCUGGAGGGCAACGACCGCUACGAGGGCUUCUGCGUGGACAUGCUGAAGGAGCUGGCAGAGAUCCUGCGCUUCAACUACAAGAUCCACCUCGUGGGGGACGGCGUUUACGGGGUCCCCGAGGCCAACGGCACGUGGACAGGGAUGGUUGGAGAGCUCAUUGCCCGGAAAGCUGACUUGGCCGUGGCGGGGCUGACGAUCACGGCGGAGCGGGAGAAGGUGAUUGAUUUCUCUAAGCCCUUCAUGACUCUGGGAAUUAGCAUUCUCUACAGAGUUCAUAUGGGCCGCAAACCCGGCUACUUUUCCUUCCUGGAUCCCUUUUCUCCCGGAGUGUGGCUCUUCAUGCUGCUCGCCUACCUGGCCGUCAGCUGCGUCCUCUUCCUGGUGGCUCGGUUGACACCAUACGAGUGGUACAGCCCCCACCCCUGCUCCCAAGGCCGCUGCAAUCUCCUGGUGAACCAGUACUCUCUGGGCAACAGCCUGUGGUUUCCAGUGGGGGGGUUCAUGCAGCAAGGCUCCACCAUUGCCCCCCAGGCACUGUCCACGCGCUGCGUCAGUGGAGUCUGGUGGGCAUUCACCCUGAUCAUCAUCUCCUCCUACACGGCCAACCUGGCCGCCUUCCUCACGGUGCAGCGCAUGGACGUGCCCAUCGAGUCCGUGGAUGACCUGGCUGACCAGACCACCAUCGAGUACGGCACCAUCCACGGCGGCUCCAGCAUGACCUUCUUCCAAAACUCCCGCUACCAGACCUACCAGAGGAUGUGGAACUACAUGUACUCCAAGCAGCCCAGCGUCUUCGUGAAGAGCACGGAGGAGGGGAUCGCGCGCGUGCUGAACUCCAACUACGCCUUCCUGCUGGAGUCCACCAUGAACGAGUAUUACCGUCAGCGCAAUUGCAACCUCACGCAGGUCGGGGGCCUUCUGGACACCAAGGGCUACGGGAUUGGCAUGCCCGUCGGCUCUGUGUUCCGAGAUGAGUUCGACCUGGCCAUCCUCCAGCUGCAGGAGAACAACCGCCUGGAAAUCCUCAAGCGCAAGUGGUGGGAAGGAGGGAAGUGCCCCAAAGAGGAGGACCACAGAGCCAAAGGCCUGGGGAUGGAGAAUAUUGGUGGAAUCUUCGUGGUGCUCAUCUGCGGCUUGAUCGUAGCAAUUUUCAUGGCAAUGCUGGAAUUUCUGUGGAGCCUUCGUCACUCUGAGCAGUCAGAGGUGUCAGUGUGCCAAGAGAUGGUGACGGAGCUGCGCAACAUCAUCCUGUGCAAGGACAGUUUCCACCCCCGCCGGAGGCGAGGGGGCCCGGUACGGACUCGCCCCGUUAUCCCGGAGGAGCGCCGAGCCCGCAGCACGACCACGCUCAGCAACGGGAAGCUGUGCAGCGGCGGGGAGCCAGACCCCCUGGCACAGAGACUGGCACAAGAAGCCGCCCUGGUCGCCCGGGGGUGCACCCACAUCCGGGUGUGCCCCGAGUGCCGCCGCUUCCAGGGGCUGCGGGCGCGGCCGGCCGCGGGAUCCCCCGCGCGCAGCGAGGAGAGCCUGGAGUGGGACAAGGCCACCAACAGCAGCGAGCCCGAGUAA